AGUAAACUAAGCAGUGCUUAUGUAUAGAUUCACAAGGUCGCUAGUGUGAAUGUGGGAUUUUUGUGGCGUAACGUGUGUAAUAUAACAAGUGAAGUAAUCCCUGAAAGCUGUGUCACACAGAUACACACCAGACCCUGACCAUGUAUGUUUACGUGAUUUCGCACCUCAUUACCUCUUAUCGGACGAGUAACAGCUUCUGACCUGGACCUGGCUCAGGAAAACAAGAACAAUACUGUGGAUAGUGUAAGCGUGUCUUAACCAUAGAAGUAUGCUCAUUGGGACGAGGAAAAGAACCAAUGGAGAGACGUGUAAAUGGGAGAAUAACCAAUGAAGGGAAAAGACGAAUAUGAGAGCCAAGCUGAGGGACAAACAAGUGAUGAAAAAGUUAUUCAGUCUCUGAGCAGAUCUCGCACGGUGCACAUUUGAACCUGUCAUUCGUCUGGUGAUUCCAUUAUUGCAAAAUCGUAUUGCAAUGGAAGACAAGGAAGUGUUCUUGAAGAUUGAUAACCGGGAUAGGCUGAUGGAACUCUCGCAGACUAUCAGGAAGGAGUUACCUUUCUCUGCAAGUAUGCACAACUGCCUCGUUCUCCACGCCCGCGGUUACGCCUCCAGCCAGGAUUUCUACGAGCUGAAGGCACCCUCUAACAACCCUGUCAUUUUAUCAAGGAGUAAGGGGGAACAAGACGCUGUGACGCUGUUUUGCUGUGAGGCCGCCGUUGGCCUGUUGAUGGAAGGCCUGGAGAAGACGAGUCUCAUUGACUGGACGAAGCCGUUCUUCUUCCUCCACCUCCCCGUCUACAUGGCCGAGGGGAUCAGGGCCUUGGUGGAUCGCCGGGCAGGAGGUCAAGGAGACUUCCAGUUCGUCGAUACGUUCCUCUACUCGAAGGAGGACGAUGAGGAGGACGUUGUAUGUCCCGCGGGGAUGCGAGUCUGCCACCUGGGCGAAAGAGGUGUGCGUCAGUUGCAUGCGGCAUGGCAAUACAACAAGUACGUUGACGUGAGCAAACUCCUCUCCUUCGCCCGUCAUCCCACUAACGUCGGCGUGUACGAGGCGGGCGUCGGGGAGGUCCACAGGGUGGAGCUGACGUCCCUGCAACGGGCUGAGGACGAAGAGAGUGCCGUGGCAUGGGUGGCACUCACCUUCUACGGCACCACUGGGAUGCUUUACACCGUGGAGAGCCACCGUCGGCGAGGAUUAGCCCGACUGGCUCUACGGGUUUUCUCUUGCCUCCAGGACAAGCAAGGACUGGUCCCCCACGCGUUUGUUGAGGAAUAUAACGAUAGUUCCAGGAGACUCUUCUCCCAGCUGCCCGGAUGGAGAAGUAUUACACAGACCCUGAUAGUUGGUGUGAAGAUUUCCCUGCAUUAGUUACAUUAACAAUAAAAGAAUAAAACUAUAAAUAAAGAUAAAGUUAGUU